AAAAUCUUUCAUAGCAAAACUGCAACACCUUUGCAGAUCACAAAUUGGUACCUUGGAAAACGACUGCUCAUUAUUGUAGUAGGAGAAAUCGUUGCUCUAUUGAUUCUGACUUUCGUGUCAGGGGGUCCUCAACCAUAUCAAUACCAAACAGGAACCAUACCUGACCAAGGAGACCCCAUUAUGCAGUCAACUUGCGGAUAUGGCAACGAAGGUGUACUCAUUUAUAUUGCGGUUACGAAUCUACUGUUCAUCAUGUACGCUGUCGGCCUCUCAGUAGCAACAUGGAAUGUUCCUACUCAGUACAAUAUCUCUAAAUACGUCAUUGCGUCUUCUUAUACCAUCGCUUUUGGAGCCAUCUUGGUCGCCCCUUUGAUGUUCGUAGUCACUGAUCCAUUCGCAAGACUAUUGUUGAUUGGUGUCACGGUGGAUUCUGGAGUUUUGAUGUCUGUUUCAAUCUUUUCAAUUCCAAAGCUACUGAUUGCGAUGAAGCUUCGCAAGAAGAAUGGAAAGAGCGUUAUGAGUGGCCGCUGGUGGAUAUUCGGGGCUACGACGAGAAAAGAUGCUAUAGACGAGUCGUUCAGUUCUGAAAAACAACAGUAUGAACAUCAAUCUGGCCUUCGACAGAGAUUGACAGGGUCCGGGAAUGCCAACAAUCUCGGACAAUUUGAUGAAGACGAUGAUAACGAAAUACAGGAAGCUCUGUCGCCAUGGGUUGCUCCACUCCAAACGCACUCGCUCACGGAUGAGAAUGGCUCAGGGACUUCACCCAAUGCUGACUCCGCCAUUUGUGAGCGUGCAGACGAUUAUAGCAACACUCCUGCUAUUCCUGUCGACAAUAAGCGGCCGGCAGCAGCUUCGUAUUCUAUCAGCUUCCCAGCUCCUCCUCUUGGCUUGCGGCAACGCCAGGCCACACAUGCAAGUGACGAUUUAGCACUUUAUGGGGUCGUCGGAAAUAUGGACGACCUUUUCAUAUCGGGAAGGUCUCCUGUUGAUCAGGGCUUGGUGUAUUGUCCAAAUUGUGGUAUUGGUCACUCGCAUAAAGGCUCUACUUAAUUCUAUAUGUACAUUGCUCGCAUCCCCUCUACACUACUUGUCGAUAGCCAUUAAAACAUAAUGUUUAAUAUCGAAUCGAACUUCAUUUUUGUUUUCGCUUCGCCUCCUUCUUUUUGCGUAAUUUGCACUUGCGACACAUACAUGUCCCGUCUUCUAAGUCAGUGUCUGAAUCAGUGUCACUGACGGCGACAGAAUCGCUCUCGCUACUGCUGGGGCUUGAUGAGCUAGUUGAUGAUGAACUGGACCCUGAGCUGCUUGGAGGUACUCUAGGCACAAAUUUGAGUCCAUCAAUUCUAUCCACAAGUGCUUUAAACGAAGGGUCUGUUUCUCCUCGUUUUGAGAGUUCGCGAUAAAACUUGGCUGUCAACUUUGGUCUGGAAUGGCGAGCUGCGAGGUAUACAUUUUCGAGGUUGGUUACAGAGCAGAAGUUUUGAGUUAUGGCGACAGUAAAGUCUAUUC